AUGAUUAUUAAUCAACUCUUUGGGAAACUCACAGAGUCCCCUAAUUUCAAGAGCAUUUCACUAAUAAUCAAGCUUUUUAGACUCGCAUCUCAAGGAGAUUAGGAUGAAGAUUAGCCUGAUUAAGCGAUUACAAAGUAUUGUAAGGAACCUGAAGAUUACUCUAAGAUAAUACGAUUCUCAUUGCUAGAACUUCCAAAUAUUUUGAGAGAAUUUUAUCAAGUUGAUUACGCUGACACAUUUAAGAGAGAGCAUAUCGAGUCUCACAUUCAUCAAGUGAUCAUAAGGGGAUUUCUAAUUAAGGCUAUGAAUUUCUUGGAACACACCAUCGAGACACAAGAGGCUUAGGAGGACACUAUUCUCUUUGUGAUACGAGCUCUAGAACAUUUGAAUGUUAUAUUGACAGCCUUUGAGAGUUUGUAAAAGAAGGCUUUGAAAUUAUUGAUACAAGUGUGGGGUGAUCACUUAUCCUUGUAAAUCAAAUUGCAAGCAUUCUUAUAAGUCAGAAAGGUGUUCUAAUCGAUGCCUGAUCAUCAACAACAAGACAUCUUGAAGAAAUUUUAUGAGAAAUAUUUGGAAUCAGCUAAACAUGUGCUUUGGAGGAAUUAUGAAGCAAUCAAUUUCAUGAUCAAUUGUGUCACCGAGUUGUGUAAUAUGAAUAUGAAUCAAGCCUAUUAAGUGGUGUAUUUGAGUUUACAAAAAUUGGUCAAAAAAAUCAGAGAUGCUAGUGUCUCUAAGAAUCAAUAGAAUGUGUUAUCCAUUUACAAUUAACAAACAUUGUAUGUCCUCAAAUUGUGGGCACAAGUGAUAUGCACUCACAAGAGGGAGAAUCAAUUGGCUGAUUUGAUGCCUCCCUUCAUUCAAAUAGCUCAAUCUGUCUUGGACUUUUAUCCUUGCAUCGACAAUUACACUUUCCAAUUACAGUUGAUUGAUAUCCUUAUCAAAGUGUCUCAGGUGUAUAAGGUCAAUCAAAACCUGUUGAGUUAUAUCCUCAGAAUGUUGAAUUGCGCAGAAUUAAAGAGGAGGAAGUUGAAGAGCAGUGUGAAACCUUAUGAUUUUUUGAUCAAUAUCUCCAUUAAACCCAAAUACAAAUAGUCAGGAACAUUUUGGGCUGACUUUUGCCAAUAGGUUGUUAAUAGGAUCGUAAUUUACUUAUCGAUAUUCUCAAAUGAAAAGUGGUUCUAUGAAUACACACUGUUUUUGGAGAAAUAAUUGAAAAGAACUUCAGAAGACUUUGGUUUUGUGGGCAACAAAAUAAAAGUCAAGGAUUUAAUUCGACUAAUUGAAUAGCACAACAGUAAAAAAGGAAAAGGAGAGAGUAAUCUAUAGAGUGAGGCUUAGAGGUUGAUUUAUGAGUAGGAGGAAUUGAUUAAGUAGAAGGUGAUGUCCGAGAAGUAGAGACAAUAGGCAGGGGAGGAACUUGAAGAGUCUGAAUAAGAGAUUGACGAUGUGAAGGAAUAAGAAUUCGUGUUGGAUGAGAUUAGAAAGUAUAAGGAGGACAAGAAGAAGGACGAUGUGGCUUAGGAGGAUUAUGAAGGUUUAAGUGAAUACGAGGGAGAUCCUGAAAACUAUUAAGAGGAGGCAGAGGAAUAGGAUGACUAAGAUGAUGAUUCUGAUAACUGA